UUCAUUUUUCAAUAUGCAAAUUACAGUGUUUUAGUAACAAGGGGUUUUGAGGUACUCAUCAAUGGAGAACAGAAAAUUUGUAGUGAAGGAACUCCUCAAGGACAAGAAACUCUGGUUCGCUUCAUUCCUCAUUGUCUGGGCUGCUGCUCUCCAGGGGCACAUGAUGUGGUUGCAGAGGCAAGAUUCUUUCAAGGACAAGUUUGGAAACCUAAAUGAUGAAGGCACAGAUCAACAGGAGCUGGCAGAUAAUCAAUGACCUCGUAGUACUAGAAAAACAGUAGAGAGCAAUACUGGAAACGGUACCACAAAGAGAAGCUUCAGUUGCUUACUACUCACAGAUGAUAGAUAAACAGGAGAAACUAUUGGCCUCCACUUUUUGGAUCCUGAACUCUCAUUAGUUACUUCAAUGUACGUUUUAUCAGACUCUCAAUCCUCAGGUCUCUUGUUUAUGAACUCACGUUUGGUUCGUCUUAUGGUAUCAAUUACCUCUUCUAAGAUGCUAUGAAGUAGUCUACUUUUGAUAUGUAAAUGAAGGACUACAAUGUUCUGCUAAACCAACAUUUGAUAUUGUAAUCUUAUGUUUUGGUUUAUUUAGAGAAAGAAGAGGGAUUCUUCUUUGCUCAAGGUGAUUCACUUUGUAAUAACUAAGUUCACCCUUUCACAAAAUUGACAGAAUUGUUAUUUAAUGAUAUGUUCAUUC